AUGUGUUUUUCUGCUGUCUUGGACGCAUGGGGUGCCAGCAUGCUGAAUGUAAACCAAACACCUGAAGCAAGACCCAUUCUGUGCAUUCUCAGAGGUUCGGUUCCAGCACUGGAGUGGUUCGCUCUCAGAGGGUCGGCGGCACCACUAGAAAACCCGGCGCCAGGGCAGCUCCGGCCAUCUGGUGGUCAUGCGACGAUAGCAGAAUCCAGCGCCCUUGCCAAGUAUCCGAGUGUUGUCGCUCAGUGCCCCAGCUCAUUUUCCAACGUUUUGCGGAGCUGGAGACGGGGGCCGGGUCCAUCGCGAGACCUCCAUUGA